UGCAUAGACACAGAGUGUGGCCAGCAGGGUGAGGGAGGUUCUCCUCCCCUCUGCUCUGCCCUGGGGAGGCCACAUCAGGAGCACUGGGCCCAGUGCUGGGCUCCCCAGUUCAAGGCAGGCAGGGAUCUGCUGGGGAGAGUCCAGUGGAGGGCUGCAAAGAUGGUUGGGGCCUGGAGCAUCUCCUGUAUGAGGAAAGGCUGAGAGCCCUGGGGCUGUUCAGAGGAUCUCAUCAAUGUUCGUAUACAUCUACAGGGCAGGUGUCAGAUGAAUGGUGCCUGGCUCCUUUCAGUGGUGUGCAGGUCAUCUGGUCCAACCCUCUGCAAUGAGCAGGGACGCCCACAGCUCCAUCAGGUGCUUAGAGCUCCUCCAGCCCCUCUCUAGGGAUGGGGCACCACCACCUCUCUGCACAGCCCCAGCUCCAAGCUAACUGACAGCAAACUCCUCAGGCAGCCGAGUGCUGAGCUGUGUUUGUGCUGAGGUGGUGAAGCAGCUUUGCCAUUGGAUUUGGUUUAGACAAGGCCCAUAGUUUUAAAGACAGCUUUGAAGGACACUGAUGUAUUUGCAAUGGCGAUUAAAAUCCUGUAGUUUGUGUUUAUUUUAGUGCCAUCAUUUUGUUUAGAAUAUAGUCUCUUCCUUUAAAUGGUUUGUUUCUCUCUCAAACGUAGGGUUGCUUCAUCCUUGACUUAAUACCGUUGUCUUUUGCACGCUGAGCACUGCUAAUAGCUUGUUGUUACUGUUAGCUCUUUCUUUUGUGCUGUGCCUUAUCCUGGGUCUGCAGUGAAGGUGGGGAUGAGGAGCGCAGCUGGAACAGUUUCUUUGUUGCAUGCGCUUCAUUUUGGGGCAAAGAACAUAGGAGACAGGGGAAGUUAACUGCUGUUUUGAGAGUUUGUUCUGGGCAGCCAGCAGAUCUCAGGGAGUGUGUCUGACAGUGUGACCUUACAGGACAGGUGAGUUUAAGCCCAGUCUGAAAACCUGACUCUUCUGUGGCCCCUGUGGGCUCCUGGAGCUGUUUGCUGCUGCAGCCACUUGCACAGGGCUUUGUAAUGAUGGAGUGACUUCUUGCAAACAUCGCUGUGGUAGAAAACUGUACUGGUUUUUCCCUCAUCUUCCCCACCAGGUGGCAGGCAGGAGAUGGAAAUGUCCCCCGAAGUUCUGCUGGAAUUUACUUCUUGGUAGCUCUGCUCUUUUCCACUUUUUUUCUGUUAUUUAAGGAUUCUCAUGGCUGUUUGGCAAUGAUUAACACUCAAAUGAAUACUGAGUUCCAUGCCCAUUACACUGGUGGCUUGCUAUUUGUGACCAGGUUGCUACCAGCCCUCCAUCCUUGAGAGGAUUCUGUGGUUCCACAGUGCUUUGGUGCUGUACAGUGCUUUUAUGUACUGAGGGGCAGCUGGAAGGCUGGCGCUUUGCUGUUUCAUGCCUUGCAGCAGCUUUGAAUUGGAGGCUGUGGAAUACCUCUGGAGCUGUGUCCUCGGUCCUUGAAUGUUCGUGGCUGCACAUCAGCCUUUCCCUCUGAAAGCUCAGACUCAGAAGUGGGUGCUCGAGUUCUCCUUUGUCAGUGCUCACUCCAGCUGGAUGUCCGUGGAUCUGGACAUGAUGUGCCCCAGCUGCUUGUAGUUUCUACCACUUUUCUCUUUCCCUUCUGGUUCCUCCCCACCUAUCCUUCCUCCUUUACAACGAACACUGCCCAUCACUGUCUCUGUGCCUCUGCAGUCUGUUGUGUGGCUGCAGGGUUUGAUGCUGUGUCGCUGCUGGUUCCAUUCCAUUGGCCUCUGCUUUUAGCUCAAGUCUGUGCAAGCCAGCCCAGAGAAUUUCUCCCAAGUCCUGUGGGUGUAGGGCAGGCGGGGGGCCUGGAACUAGAGGCUGGCUGUCCUCCAGGUCUCACUGUGCCUCUUGUUUUGUUUUGCUGUUUUUUUUUUUUUUUUUUCUUUAGGAGGGACAAGAUGAUACUGCAGAUCAGGCUUUAUCAAAACAGGGCUGGAGAAGGGGUCUUAAGAAAAGGAAGACCCUAUCUUAAUGGGAUUGUUAAACAAAAAUCUGAGUAAGGCGAGUCCAGAGGAUUUGGCCUGGAGAAUCACUGUAGCCAUGCCUGGUUUUAUGUUGAGCUAUUGAUGUGGCUUUACCUCAUUUGGUACCUCUGCCCAGAGAGAAAUUUUUCCUGUCCUCGAGGCAGUUCAUAAUCCAUUUCUGAUGGUUCUCAUCUCGUGUGCUUCAGUGUUUUUGGAGGGUAGAUCGAUAACUCGUGCACUGAAUUACCAAAGCUUUUAUGAAAAACAAAUGUGCCAGUGGUAAAACACAAUGCAGUUGAGGCCUACAGUGAUUUAAGAGUGAAACAAAAAGAAUAGUUGCAGCCUGUUCGUUAUAAGAGCUGUAUUGCUGACGUGUAGGCAACAUGGGUGAGAGGAUGAAGCUCCUGUUGUGGGUGUGAUAGCUGUGAAUUGCUUGUCCCUGUGUGGCAGGGAGAGAAACCCUGCAAGAGCAAUGUGGCUUUGCAAAUAGAAAACCUGCUUCCAAAGUGGUGGUGCAGUGGUUGCUUGCUCAUGGGAAUGUGUCAGUGCACUGCUAUGACAUUGGUCCUAGAAGAUGUUUGCUGUCCUCAAACACGGAUAUGGUAGAGAAGGGUUUUGUGGGAUGCUGGUGAGAGAUCAGGAGGCUUCUACAAGCAGCAGUCUGUGUUAAAUACAGCAGACUGCCCUCAUCCUCCCAAAUCUGCCUUUCUCUUCAGCGUGUGCAAAACGUCUAGAUCCUCUUGCCACAAACUAAAUCAUGUAGUGUUAUUUUUGCAGAUUGGAUGGAAGGCAAAUACCUUCAAGCAAAACUGGCAGCGUAGAAGCAGUGGUAGUAGCUCAGAGCUGUCAGUCCCUUUGACCUGCUGUCCUGUUGCUGGCUGUACGCAGAGCAGCUUUCAGAGGAACCGUAACCCUGACUGGGAGCAGAAGCCCAGGUCAAGGAGGUCCAGGAGAUGCUGGAACAGGAAGGCUUGUCCGAAAUAGCUCACAGUAAUGCCAGCGAACAGAUCGCUUAUUUACUGGUGGAAAGAACAGCACUGCUGGAGAAACUGGAGGUCGCAGAUCAGAAGUUGAACUCGCACAGCUGCGUAGACAGGCUGUGUGCUGCGCAGCUUCAGGAGUUAGAAGAUGAACUCCAGCAACGGUGUGAACCCAUGCAGCGUACUGAAGAUGCACUAAAUGAGCCCUACAGGGAAGAGCUGGAGAGGGAACGGGCGUCACGUGUAAAAGUAGAACGAGACCUGGAUGAGGCCACACAGAGGCUGCUGAUGGCUCACGAAACGAUCCGGAGGCUGACAGACGAGCUGGCUGCACGGGGAAAGGAGCAGAGCAAAAUAGGAGCUGCCUCGUGGUCAGUGUUGCAAGUGUCUGGGAGCCAGGGAGAAGGCAUGGACGAAUGGAGACAAGGUGACAGGACGGAGCUGCAGAAGGCCAUGGAGCACAACAGCAGGCUGGACAAGGAAAUUCUGGCGCUGCGUGCCCGGGUCCAAACGCUCGACUUGGAAAGAAAAACGUUCCUCGAUCUGGUUGAACAGCUCAAAGAGGAGAUCAGCGAGUAUCAAAAGGGUGAGAAACAAGGAUUCCCGCUGCCCGCACCAGCCAAGACUGAAGAAGUUGCAGCUUGCUCUCUGCAGGGCACGAAGGAUGAAGGGAGGGCUGAAGGGGAUUUUAUUACAGACAAAGCUGGCUCAGAUCAAGAAGACAGAUGUCAGGGUAGUGAAACUCUUCAUAAAAGGUGCCGAGAGGUGAUUGAAAACAUUGAGGGCAGGAACUCACAGCUCCUUCACAAGCUCCAGAAACUUGAGCAGGAGCACGAGGAUUUGGUUGAGCGCAAUGAAGAGCUGGAAUCAAUUCUGGGAGAGACGCAGAUCCAAACAAAGCAGGACAAGGAACAGUUUGAGAGUGAGGUGGAGGGGCUUCACCGGAAAAUCACGAGUUUAGAGACGGAAUUGCUUGAAGUGCAGAAGAACAAAACUGAGAUGAGUGGGGAAGAGCAGGCAUCCAAUGGAGCACAGGAGAUGCAAGAGAUGCUGCAAAGCUGUCAGGAAACAAUAGAAAAGUUGGGAAGUCAGCUGGGAGAGCGCAGAGAAUGGAGAAAACAACUUGCAUCUGAACUUGAGAUGUUAAGAGAAGAUCUGAAGGCUGAGAAGAAGGGCUUGCCUAACACAAAACCAGAGCUUAGAAGCCAGAGUGUCCAAAGAACAUCAGUGAGCAGAGAUUUCAUUAAUGCUUCCCAUGAGAAGCUGCAAAAAGAUAAUGCUCUACUAGAUGCAGAGGUCUCCGAGCUUGUCCGAGAAAAUGAGCAGGUUGACAAACUUAAGCAGCAACGGGAAGAUGUGUGUACAGAUGGAAAGACGUAUGAAGAGCAGAUGGCUAAAGUCGUGUUCUUGGAAGAGCAGAUCCGGAACUUGACGGAUGAACAAGAACAACUCUGUUCUGAAUUACUAGAAAGCAACAAGAAGAGGGAGGAGCUAGAAAAGCAGCUGAAGGAAAGCAAUGAAGAAAAACAGUUGUUGCUGGAAGAAAUUGCCCAGCUAAAGCAAGAUAUCCUGACUACCAGGGAGCAGCGUGACAGCACGUUUGAAGAGGCCUUGAGGAUGAAUCGAGGCACGGUUCAUAGAGACAGCAGGUUUCUUAUGUCACAGAGCUCUGCAGGCGGUUUAGAUGGGAGCAUCAAACAGAGUCCGUCUGAGGAGAGAUUCCAAGAGCAGGAGGAAAGGUUGCAGCAGCUGCGGCGCGAUCUGCGUCGGGUGCAGAAUUUGUGCAGCUCAGCUGAGAGGGAGCUGAGAUACGAAAGGGAGAAAAACAUCGAUUUACAAAAGCAAAAUCUCUUGCUUCAGCAGGAAUGCACCAAGGUCAAAGCUGAACUGAAGCAAGCACGGACAAAGCUCUUGGACACAACUGAAACGUGCUCCUCUCUCUCAGCACAGUGGGAAAAGAGCCAGCAGAAGGUCAAAGAACUCGAACAAGAGCUCUUGAAGUGCUCCCAGGCUGAUAAAUUGCAGAGCAGUCUGCAAGAGAAACUUGUACAGGAGAAAUCCAAAGUGUAUGAAGCACAAAAACAGAUCUCAAAGAUCCAGCAAAAGCUGAAGGAUUCACAACACCAACUCCUGCUGGCAGAAGCCCGUGUUUCUGACAAGAAACUCCUGGAGGAAGAACUGAAGGAAGCUCGAGAAAAUGAAGCUCGAGUGCAGCAAGAGCUCCGUGAGGAGCUGCUGAAAAGGAAGCUCCUGGAGCAGCAGGUGGAGGAACUGCGGCAGCAGCUGCGACAUUCCCACGAGACAGAGGCAUCGCUGGCCAAGAUGCACGUGGAGCUGCAGGCCAAGACUAUGCACACCCUAGAAGAUGAUAAGAAAACCGACUCAGGCGAGCAUCUCCAGUGUCAAAAGGAGAGCCAGAAGCUUUCAGAGCAACUCUCGCUGCUGAAGGAGGAAAACAAAGCUCUUUACGAGGAAGGAGUUCGUCUCCUGAACCAGAAGGAUCUAUAUGUCAGGAAAUAUAACGAAAUGCAGCUCCGCCACAAAGACAAGAUCCGCAGAGCCAAAGCGACCUUUAUCCAUGAGGUGAAACAAAGGGACAGCAGAAUUAAGCAGCUUGAAAACGAGCUCAGUGAGUCAAAACUCCAAGUGGAAAAGGGGAAGGUGCUGAUUGCACAGAUCACUACUGAGAAUGAGAAGUUACUCCAGGAAAGAAGACGGCUCCUCCAGAGGAUAACUGACCAAGAGGAGACCCCUUGGAGCAACAGGUCUACGGCUGCUGCCCUGCAGAGCAGCACACCCAGAACGAAGAUCCUGGAUGAGGAGAACGUGCGGCUGCAUGAGAGCAAACUCCAUUUCUCUGGCCAUGUGCACACCUCACAGCGUGCGCUGAGGAGCAUCCAUGCUUCCAACACAGAGUCUCUGUCGUUCCAGGACUUGAAGAGUGCUAACUUCUCGGAACGACAGCUACAGAGUAAGGCGUCGGCAUCGUCUCCCCGUGCCAGCUUCCCACCACGAGAACCGCUGGACUCCCUCAGCAGCCUGAAGCCCAUGCACGACACCAGGCCUGAAGGAGGAGCUGAGAGCCAGGAUUCAUCCUUUUGCUUAUCCCCCUCUCAGCCUUCAGAGAUCGGUUACCUGAAUGUAGCCUCACCUGGAGACACCACAGCCUCCCAGCUGCAGGAGGAGAGUCAGAGCAUCAGCUCCGAGAACUUCUAAUCAGGGAAAGACAUUUGUAAAGUACAGACUGGCUGGACUGCUAGAAUUUGGGCUCCUGUUGCCAUGCAGUGACAAAUGACAAGGAGUGCAAGAGGGAGAGUUGCCAAAUGACUUGCUUGGUGAUUUCUGUGGUAACUAAAUUAUUCAACAGUUAUUUUUUUUUUAACUUAGCCAACCAUAAAUGUGUGCGUGUCAUCUCAGAUCUACCCAGAGGCUGGAAUUUGCAGACAAACUCAGUACAAUAGAAGAAGGCUAGGUGGGAUGAGACGCAUGUUCCUCUGAAUCCGAAUUCCCUGUCCUGCCCCAAAGCUACAAACUUUGUAAAUAAAACUUGGAGAAGUUCUC